AUGUAUGAUUUCAAGACGCCUUUUGACAAUGAGCACUGUGUCGAGAAGAAGGAACGGUCUAAGGAAAUGACUCUUACUAUGGCACUUUCAUCCAUGAAGAACAGCAAUCAAAUUUAGCAAAUCACAAAACCAAAAAAAAAACUAACAUUCUUAGAAUCUAUAGUGUUUUCACCUGAUGGAACACUAAAAAUCAUUUGGGAUUUCUUGUGCAUGUUUCUAAUUUUCUAUGAAAUAUUGUCCAUCCCCUUCAGAAUUAGCUUUGACUUCGAAAUAAGCAGCGAAUUAAGCACAUUUAUAACAACUAUCUUCUUGGUUGACAUCGCAGUUACCUUCAAUACAGCCGUCUGGAUCAAAGGGACCAUCAAUUUUUAAUACUCAGUAAUAUUUAAACAAUAUAUGAAAUUGUGGUUUUGGCUAGAUUUAAUUGCCUCCUUCCCCUACGACAUGAUCAUAGAAUCGAUAUUGCUAUCAGAUGCCGAUGAAACCGAUUAGAGUAGUAACAGUGCUGGCCAAUCAAAGACAUUAUAAUAAAGUGCUUAAAUUUUGAGACUUUUAAAAUUCUUUAGAUUUAUCAAGAUUAUUAGAUUACUUAGAUUAGCUAAAUUAAAGGUGAUUUUCGAUAAAAUUGAAGAACAACUUCAAACCUAUUCCACCAUUAAUACAAUAGCCAGUUUUCUUAAAUUGAGCUUCUUUGUAUUAUUUUGGUCACAUUGGCUAGGGUGCAUAUUUCAUUUUGUGGGAAUGAAUGAAGAUCCUAACCAUAAUUGGUUAGUUGUAGCAGGUAUUUAUGACUCUCCAGUUGAAGUGAGGUACGUAACAUCAAUCUAUUGGGCUGUCACUACUAUGAUUACUGUUGGUUAUGGAGACAUCUCGCCUUAAACAACGAUAGAACGAUUAUGUGGAAUAUUCUUCUUAUUGGUAGCCUGUGGAGUGUUGUCAUUUACUAUGAAUUCUAUAGGAAAUACCAUGUAAUAGAUGAGUUAAAAAAAAGAUCAGUAAAAAAAGAAUAUUGCAGAAAUCAACAAUUACAUGCAGAAAGUAAAGAUCCCAAAACAUCUUCAAUAGAGAGUGAGAAAGUACUUAUAGUAUAUUUGGGAUUCAAGUAGACUUAUUAAAUUAGAUGCAAUCACUGUGAAUCUAUCCUAGGAACUGAAGUAGUUAUUGACUGUUCAUGUUAAUGGCAACAUUCUAGCCACUUAUACAAAUUUCUGUAAAACCUUCUCUCGUGUCCUCCUCUUAGAUAUUACUCAAAUCUUAUUUGAAUAAACAGCACAACCAGAUGAAUACAUCAUUAUUGAAGACAAUCCCAAAAAUUCGGAGCAUCUUUAUUUCAUUCAAGAUGGGUUGAUUAAUAUUGUAUUGCCUAAGACUAGACAAGUAGCAGCUAAAUUAACUAAUAAAUAAAUCUUUGGUGAGAUCAAUUUCUUUGGAAAUGUAGGUCGAACUGCCUCUGCCAAGAGUGAAGGGUUCAGCGAUUUGUUUGUGCUGAAAAGAGAGAGUUUUUUGUAGAUUUUACAAAAGUAUCCUAAAGAUUUUGAGAAGUUCUACUCAAUUUAAGAGGAAGUUAAUAAACGUCAAUUUUCUGUACUCUCAAUACAUUGUUUUGCUUGUGAAUUACCAGGACAUGUAGUUAGAGAUUGUCCUCAAUUACAUUUCAAUGUGGAUCUUUAUGUGUAUAAUAAAACAAAGAACAGGUGCAUUAGAUAAAUCAUGAAAGAGUAUGUUAGAAAGGAUAGGAUACAUUUUAAUGCCAUUAAACACUAGUAUCUUAUUAAGAAAGAGGCUCUGAGUAUAUAAACUGUCAUUCCGAUGACUGGAUAUAUUGUUGAAGAAUGUAAUCUAGAAGAUGCACAAAAUAAAACAAUCCUAUUCAAAAAUAUUCCUCAACCCUUUAAAAUCAAGUCCAAAUUUAAAGAGGAUCGAAACAGGAGAAGAGAAAUAUAAAAGGUCAUGCGUGCAUAAUUGAGUCAAGUCUAAAUGAUAACUCAAAAACAAAAUGAUCUUUUUAAUCUUACUAAAUCUAUUUCGUAAUUAAUCUAAUCUUCAACGCCCUCUUUAAAUUUGUAAAGCAGCAGUAUCAGUCAUACCAAAAUUAAUGAAAACUAAAGUUCAGACGAACAAAGUGAUUCCGAGACAAUCCAAUAGAAAUUAGAUGAGAUCAUAUUAGAAUAUCAAGUUUAAAAGGAAAAUCAAAAUCAAGAGAAUCUCUUUAUUUCAAAUAAAAGCUAACAAAAUUACUCCCUAAUUGAUCAUUUUGAAUUUGGCUAUGAUUUUGAAAUCUAUAGUACUCACAAUAAUUUGUCUGUAGUCUUAAAAGAAGUAUAGAGAUACUAUAAUGGGGCAUAAAUCAAACCCAAAAUAGACACUGAAUAUGAUGUUAAUGUGUUUGAGGAAUACAUAGAUUAUUAUGCAAUCAAUAUGGAAGAUAUUAAUCGUUUUAAACUGGAGGUGAAGCCAGAAAGAUUGAAGCAAUUUCUCCCUUAUACUACUUUGGUCGAAAUAAAAUAAUCGAGACAAGUAUUAAUCAAUAGUUGA